AUGGAAGAAGACUCGGGUUGUCGAAUUCCGGGACUUUCACUCAUCUAUGGUAGCGAUAUCACUGUAUCCAAGGAACAAUCGCCGAAACCGACGGAGGUAAAAGGAGAGGUCGCGGAAGUUCCAGUGAAAAGGGAUGUUGCUUUUCCAGCAGAAGAAGCGCAAAUUGCGUCAAAAGCUGAAUCAUUGGAAGCGUCAACAGUGCUCGAAGUGAAUGAGUCCAUGGAAACAGAUGCGUCAGCCAAUCCUUCGGCUUUGGCUACAAGCAUUCCCUCAGCUGUUGACGAGGGCACAAUCGCUGAGGAGCCUACUGAAAACGUGGUUCCUUUAGAGGACUCAAAGGUCGAAACCGAAGUGUCGACCACUUCUGAUGAAUCGAGUGGUAAAAUACAGUUAGCUGUGAAGCCAAAUGAAUCCAAAGUAGAAAAUUUCACUGAUCUUUUGGAUGAGGCUCUUGCGAAUGCUACAAAUGAUCCAGUACAGCCAUUGGAUAUUCUGGAACCCCCGAAAGAAAAGACCGAAGAUGUAGAACUGGUGGCGGGAAAGGCUUCUUCGAAUUCCUCCUCAGAUUCUGAUAGCAGUUCUGACAGCGAUUCUGAUGAUUCUGAAGACGAGGAAAGUACUGCGGUAGUCGCUGCGGGAGAUGCAAACCCUGCUGAGGUGAAGGAUGAGGAGGAAGACGGACGCAUGUCCCCCCCUCGAACUGCACAUGAGCUUCCAGAAGAAGUAAUUGAGCGACCUGAUUUCACGCUUGAUGCUACUACGGAGAUUAGGCCCUUAGGAAGGAUUUUGAAUGUUUUCGAAAAGCAUAUUCUCAUUCAAAGCACAAUGCACACUGAUAGCAUUGUCUUUGACGAGAAAACUGUGGUCUGCCUCGAAAACAAAGACAUUAUUGGCUACAUUCAUGAAACUUUUGGUCCUGUUACAGACCCGUUCUAUGUUGUUCGAUUCAAUACAUCAGAGGAAUGUGCGUCUGUUGGUGCCUGUGCGGGACAGGCGGUGUACUUCGUGCCUUCAAUGGCGAACUCUGUGGAUACUGAGCCAUUGAAGUACCUGAAAGGCAGUGAUGCAAGUAAUGUCUUUGACGAAGAAGUGAAUCCGUCCGAACAAGAGUUUUCUGAUGACGAAGCAGAAGCCGCUGCUAAGCAAGCGGCAAAACGCCGUAAGAAAAAUAAAAACAAAAGACGUGAUCCCACAAUGGAGGAAGGCCAAGUGCGUCCCGGCAGAGAUUAUUACGAUGCCAACGAUCGUAACUCUUUGUAUCCAGCCCAAAAUCGGAAUUAUGCUCCUGCCCCUCGCAACUACCAUAAUCCAAGGGAUCGUCAAAACGCUGCCCCGUCUCCGUACCCGGCCAAACCACAGUCAAUGAAUGCAGGCCUACCUCCGGGAAUGUAUCCCAUGAUGCAACCGUAUGCAAACGGUAUGUUUCCGAUGGGAUUCCCUGGAUGGCCUGGCGGUUGGAAUCAACCGUUACCUAAUGCGCCAUCUAUGCCUGGUUCGCAAAGCCCGGGUCCCUCUGCCCCAAAUUCUGGCAACAUUCACUUGAACCCCAGAUUCUUCCCUCCCAACGCAGCUGCUCCCUCCGCCGACAAUUCCCAAUCCACUGAUUCGGACUCCUCCCAAAUGAUCCAGCAGCAGCUUAACACACUGCGAUCGUUGUGGCGACAACAGUAG